AUGAGUUUCUUGUUUGACAGGGAGCCAGGCCCAAAGGAGCAGCUGGACGCCAUAUUCAGGCGUCUGGAGGAGGACGUCCUGACUUUUGUCAAAGAGCAGCUGCAGAGGCUCCACAGGCUCCUGGCCUCAGAUUACCCAGAAUGCUCCGAGAGUGAGGAGGAGGAGAGCAGAGAGGUUCUGAACAUCACCCUGGACUUCCUGAAGAGGAUGGACCAGGAACAUCUGGCCCAGCACCUGCUCAACAGGAGUAAAGUUGGAUUCAGAGAUAAACUGAAGUGUGAUCUGCAGCAGAGGUUCAGUCGUGUGUUUGAGGGCGUGGCUAAAGCAGGAGACUCCGCCCCCCUGACCCAGAUCUACACAGAGCUCUACAUCACAGAGGGCGGAGCCUCAGAGGUCAACCAGGAACAUGAGGUCAGACACGUGGAGACAGUGUCCAGGAGACCGGCCGCUCCAGAGACCAUCACAUGUGAAGAGCUCUUUAAACCCCGCCCACAUUCACCACAGCCAAUCAGAUUAGUGCUGACGAAGGGCGUGGCCGGCGUGGGGAAAACAGUGCUGACUCAGAAGUUCGGUCUGGACUGGGCUGAAGGCCGGGCCCACCAGGACCUCCAGCUGCUGUUCCCCUUCACUUUCAGAGAUCUGAACGUGCUCAGAGACACACAGUUCAGCCUGGUGGAGCUGCUGCACCACUUCUUCAGUCCAUCCAAAGAUCUCUGCAGCUUCCAACAGCUCCAGGUGCUCUUCAUCUUUGACGGUCUGGACGAGUGCAGACUUCCUCUGGACUUCGGCCGAACCCGGGUCCUGAGCGACCCCACAGAGUCCGCCUCAGUGCACGUGCUGCUGGUGAACCUCAUCAGGGGGAGCCUGCUUCCCUCCGCUCUCCUCUGGAUAACCACGCGCCCCGCCGCGGCCAAUCAGAUCCCUGCUGAGUGCGUCUCCAUGGUGACAGAGGUGCGAGGGUUCACCGACCCGCAGAAGGAGCAAUACUUCAGGAAGAGGUUCAUAGACCAGGCCACAGUCGUCAUCUCCCACAUCAAGAGCGUCCGCAGCCUCCACAUCAUGAGCCACAUCCCGAUCUUUCUGCUGGAUCCUCUCCAAGGUUCUACGGAAGCUUCUGGAACAAACAGAACCAGAGCUGCCCCGGACUCUCACACAGAUACCUUCUACAGCUCUGGAGAGAACCUGCUGGAGACACCACACUCCUCUGAGAGUCCAGACCCUGAGGCCUUCUACCGCUCUGCUGUGGACCAGGCCUUACAGAGUCCAAACGGACACCUGGACCUGUUCCUGCGCUUCCUCCUGGGGCUGUCUCUGUCGACCAAUCAGAGGCUCCUUCAGGGUCUGCUGACUCACACAGGAAGUGACCCGACCAAUCAGGAGACAGUAAAGUUCAUCAAACAGAAGCUGGAUGAAGAGGGUCUGUCUGCAGAGAGAAGUCUGAACCUGUUCCACUGUCUGAACGAGCUCAACGAUGGCAGUUUGGUGCAGGAGAUACAGAAGAACAUGAGAAGAUACCUCUCUGAUAGAACCUUGUCUCGUGCUCAGUGGUCUGCUCUGUCCUUCGUCUUACUGUCCUCAGACUCAGACCUGGAGGAGUUUGACCUGAGGAAAUACCAGGGCUCAGAGAACGCUCUCCUGGGUCUGCUGCCGGUGGUCAGAGUCUCCACCAAAGCCCUGCUGUCUGGAUGUCUGGUCUCAGAGAGGGGCGGGGCUGCUCUGGCCUCAGCUCUGAGCUCCGCCCCCUCCCACCUCAGAGAGUUGGACCUGAGCUACAACCAUCCAGGACCCUCCGCCGAGUCCUGA